GUUGAUUCCUGGAAGGAGGAAGAAGAGGAAGAAGAAGAAGAGACCGGGCGCCCGCAGCAGCAGCAGCACCGGGCCACCACCUCUCCACACCCGGGCUAAUUUCAACGCGUUCCCGAGCCUUCGACCCGGAGUUCAGACCAGUGGACCGGAUGCCUCUAUGGUCCAGUUAACCUUCCGGCGAGAUACACCGCGACCAGUUAGCACAAGAGGUGAGCCAUGGCUGAACCAAACGCCUCCCGUCCCCAGAGGAAGAUGUCCACAGCCGGGGAGAGUGUGUACAAGGUGCUAGGGCUGGAGAAAGGAGCGACUGCUGAGGACAUCAAGAAAGCGUACAGAAAACUAGCGCUGAAGUACCAUCCGGACAAGAACCCGGACAACCCGGAGGCGGCGGAUAAGUUCAAGGAGAUCAACAACGCCAACUCUAUUUUAAAUGAUGAGACCAAGAGGAAGAUUUACGACGAGUACGGCUCCAUGGGCCUGUAUGUGUCCGAGCAGUUUGGAGAGGAGAGCGUCAAAUACUACUUCCUUAUGUCCAAGUGGUGGUUUAAGGGUCUGGUUCUGUGCACUACACUGUUCACCUGCUGCUGCUGUUGCUGCUGCUGCUGUUUCUGCUGUGGGAAGUGUAAACCACCCGAUGACGAUGACAACUACCAGUACGUGGACCCUGAGGACCUGGAGGCCCAGAUCAAAGCAGAGCAGGAUGGAGGUAACACAGUAAUCAUAGGCCAGCCCAAAUCUAACCCGGCUCCAGAAAGCUCAGACGGCCCGAGUCAGCCCAUUCCCCUGCCGCUGGCCAUGCCGCCGGCCGAGCCCAAGUCGCCGACCUCGGCCGGUCCAGCAGGGGCAGAAAACCCCGGGGAGACUUUACCAGAGUCGAAAUGACUCGAAAGUGACGGUGUGGAUGAGCCUCGACGAGCAGAAGCAGAAGGCCGUCCGAGCCCCGUUACGACCCUGCCACAUACGACUGCUGCCGGACGUCCAGAAACCCAGAGAUCGACCAGCCCUGAGCCACCAGCCAUCCCAGCCCUCGCCCCAUAACCCAGCUCCUCCCCCCACUGGACCACGACUGCAAUGUGGGCCCUCGAAGGCUCUCAGCCCACCUCCACUGAACUCGAACUGUGGAGGAGUAUCCAUGUAAAUCAAACCACUAACUGGAAUCAUUGCGAUCUUCAUGCCAACUAGUAAAAAAAAACAGGCAUCAGUCCGUUCUUUAAUAAUCACCCUUCCCCCACCCCCGCCACAGUCCAACCUGGGGUGGGCGUGUCCUCUUCUCGUGGGAAUAUGGGAAUAUGAGGGGACCAAAAAAAACAACAUGGUGGAUCCCCUUAUUUAACAACUAUCCAGAGCAGGACUGGACUUGUCUCCAUCUCCCACUGCUCCCAGUCUCCCUCUGUUCUGGAGAAUCAGGAGCUUCUUUUUUUACAUUUCUUCUGCUUAAAUUAUUUUACCCUUCAAAAAAAGAAAAGCCACGAAGGCGAGUGGUCCAUUAACUCCUGUAUGAAAUUGUACAAAUCAUCUGAGACCAGCAGCGCAACAGAAACCGCACAUCUCCUCCUCCUCCUCUUCCUCCUCCUCCUCUCGUCUCGAGGAACAAUCGACUUCGGUCACGUGUUGCGUCACUGCCCUCUAACGCCCGUUGGUUCAUGGUUUGAGAAGAUGUUUCAAAAGAGGCGUGGACAGUUGAGGGUCGAGGUCACGACUACGUUUCACUCAAUCUGAAGAUGUGACGCAGCAGAAGUGACUGCAGCUGCGUCACCCACGGAUUCUGUGUGGUGUUAAAAACAUCUGAGCCAAAACCUGGAGAUGCAAGAUUCCCCCCCCCCCCCCGUGCAUGCAUUUCUGUCCGGAUGCAUGCCCCCAACUGUACAGCACUGGAAUUACCCGACCACCACAGGUCAUGGAAGAGCUGCCGACUCACACCUUACAAACUCUGGUUACAAACUUCGUCCUGUAUACAAACACACACUUGUACCAGCCAACAUGUCAUUGUGUGCCACCCUUGGCUUCAACAAGUAUAACACCCCCCCCCAGCGUAAUCUAUAUCUUUAGGUGGACGAUAAGAGAUGCCACACCAUGAAAAACAAAGCGUCCAAGAUAUAAAUGGAAACGACUUUGAAUUAAUUCUGUUUUGUCACUACACUACUUUAUUCCUCUUAUUUUGUUGCAGACUAAGGCUACAUCCACACAACUAGGUUUUUGUUUGUUGACGCACUAAAUACACUCCUGGCGUCCAGAAUACUCCAGAGUUUGUUUUCUCAGAUUCGUCAGGCUUCUAUCACAUGACACCCCCCACCUCCCCCGGCCACCAAUGGAGAACCCAACAUGGAGAAUCCAUUACAAGUGUUACUGACCCCGUUGUGUAGUUAAAUUCUGUGUUUGACAACGAUACAACUGUUUACAUGUGGAGGAGAGAAGAUGUUGAAGCAACGCCAGUGGUCACAUGACGCGUGAUUUAAAACUGACGCGGAGCUCGUGUGAAACUCCACCUUCAAUUGAAAACGUUGCAGCAUGGAUGUAGCCUUGUUUCGUAGACCAAAGCUAACAGCGCCCUGUAGCCAGCCGACCCCUCAGCAGUCGGGUGGAGGCUGAUGCCAUUUGCUCUGGAAGCCACAGUUCUGUUUGUCAAAGUCUUGUGUCAUUAGCUUUUUAGGUGAAGCGAGUCUGAAGCCAUCACAUUAUCUUUCUGUCUUUUUGCCUCUUUUCUCCCAGAACAAAAGAAAACAAUAGACUUUAAAGUGACUUGAUUAUCUGUAACCUCAGGUCCCAGAUUCACUGAGGAGGCAUUAGUCUCCUGAUUGGAUUGCACUGAGUUUAAUUCACUUGGCUCUGGAGCAGCUCUGAGCAAGCUAUCGAUCAUAUUGCAAAUUUCAGGCCUUAAGCAUUAAGUCCUGCACCUUGUCUUGAAUCACAUAAUCUGAACUCAGUUUCUGAAGGAACCCAAUCUCAAACCACAUUAGCGUAAUCCUGCUAUCUAACGAAUGCUGCUAGCUGGCCAGCUGCUAGCUUUAGCAUAACGUUUGGUGUGCAGACGUCAGAGUGGAAUCAGUCGUUUUCUCUUGAAGAAAGAAAAGAGGCACAAAACGGUCCCUUUUUAAAAUUGGGCUUAUUUGAAAAGGCUUUUUGAAAACAUCUCGUCUGACGCACAUCUUGCUGCCGUGCCAUCGUUGUGUUGAUUCUGGGUCUUUUUUUUUUUUAUCAGUUUUAAAAUAAAUGAUUUCCCUCUUACAGUGGCGGGUGAGAUUUUAAGGUUAAUCCUUCAUUCUCAUUCCUGCAGUGAUAAAGUCCACAGUGCAUCUGUCUAGUAAAUGUGAAGCUCGUCUCUCGGCUGCUGAAAGUCUUCACUCGCGCCCGGUGAACUGCAGUGAACUAACUUAGACUCACACGUAGGAGCAGCUUGGUUUCAUGUCUUUGAAUCACAACCUGCUCAUAAACCUGUUUCUUUAUUCAGUCCUUGACAUAUCAGCUUGUAUUUCUCUGUGGAACUGUCUGCAAACUUAAAGGUCAUUAUUUCAUAUGAUUAUUUUAUUUUAUUUUUUGUACCAUCAAUAGCCAAAAACCUGUUUGAUUACGAGAGCGUCUAGUUACAUUUCAGGUCUGGAAUUUUCUUCAAAUCUUCUCAAAUUAACUCACUUCAGUUUAACAGCGAUGAGGCGAAAGCAGACUGGUUAUUUAUUGUUUUUUAAUUGUUGUAAAUAACUCGUGAAACGGCAAAAUUAAUGACAAUAAUUCCUUUUUGUUUAUAGACAGUUUGUAUGAAUUAAUGUCUGUAACAGCGUACAUGCAUUUUUACUUUGUAUUUAUAUUGCAUAGAAUUACCAUGACUUCAAUUUAAAAACACUAACAUUGACGUCAGCAGGAGGUCAACUUAAUGAUCAACUCUUUGGUUUCAUCGUAGCUCCUAAUCCUGCCUCCUCUAUGUUGGUUGAUGGGACAUGCAUCAAGCAUCAAAAGAACACGUUAAAUACAUUUUUAUCAAAGUUGUUUUCUGUCAUUUUAGGUCGUUCUUAUCACACAGACAUGUUUCUGACCAGUUUUGAGUUAUUUAGUUAUUUUAUUCUUUAAAAAACUGAGUGAAACGUCGUGAUUGACAGAUGAGACUGACUUGUGAUUGGUCGGGCAUACGUAUCGACGGGACCCAUUUACCAUGACUCCACCCCCCCGGUCACUGCUGUGUGUAUCUCAGACUAUAAUAAAACAACACAUCUCCUCUUCCUCCUAUUGAACAACACAGUUUUUUGCACAGUGGUUUUGGAGCCACGGUAUCGAACUACCGCUUAUUCACGACUAAGUGUGAGUCUGUGUCAGCCGUCAAUCUUGACGUUUUACCAUGUUUAUGUAUCAGAUGAAAAUUAAAACCAACUUUAUUAUUAUCAGUAACACUUAAACAAACAUCAGUGUGAUGAAGUCUACGUACAAUGACAGAAACUAUCUCUGAGAAACAUUUAUUUAUGUAGUCUUGUCCCAUCUGCUAACAUGGAGGACGUGCAGGGUUUAUAACCUAUACUGCAGCCAGCCAGCAGGGGGCGUCACGCCGACCAUCAACCCACCGUGGAGCGAACGUUCUUCCUCAACUUCUUCGCUCUCUGCUGGGAAGUUGUGCAGUGGUACAAUCUUCUAAAAGAAGGUUCUUUUCUUUUCUUCAGUGUCAAGAAACUAUUAAAUUGAAAAAAAAUGAGUCGACCAGCACGAGGAAGACAUUUAUCAUUUUAGGUGACGUUUUCAUUAUGUUUUUCUUUUGGCUGUGGAAGAUCUGUAAAUGAGUUAAUGAAAUUCAACCAAAUUAAAAAAACGGGGAUUUAUAA